AUGGGUUUCGACAAUGAUCUUGAGGGUGAUAUUCAAUUUUCAAAUGUUUAUUUCUUUUAUCCGUAUGGUCAACCUGUUGCUCUUGUUGGUUCAUCUGGAUCGGGAAAAUCAACAUGUGCUCAAUUACUGCAACGAUUCUAUAAUCCACAGUCAGGUUCAAUUCUUAUUGAUGGAAAAGAAGCGAAAGAAUAUAAUCUGAAAUGGUUACGAGAACACAUUGGUGUCGUCAAUCGAGAACCAGCUUUAUUUGGAUUUGAUUUAGCCACUGAUGAACAAUGCACAUGA